UGCUGCGCUCAGAGCACCUGCGCCCGCGCUCCGUAGCGCCGCACGUCGCGUGCUCAGUCCCCGCGCCCGCGUCCCGCGCCGCGUAGCGUCGCGACGCCACCCACGAAGUUGAAAUUGGGGGAGUCAAAUUGUUACGCGGGGUGCUGGUGAGUGGGGCCUCCCGCGCGGCCUCCCCCCGCGGCGCCAUGUCCGCCGUGUCGCCGGUGCCGCUGGUGCCGGAGCGCAGCCCCCCCGCCUCGCCGGCCUCCGCGCCGCGCUCGCCCGCGCCCGCGCACGCCGUGCUCGCCACCAUGACGCCCGUGCAGCCCGCGCACGCGCACCACGCGCACCACCCGCACCCCCACGACUACUACCCACACAAAGUCGAGAUGGACUCCGACGACGGGUACCCCCCCGAGGCGCACUCCUACCGGCACUCGCCGCACGAGCUCGCCGCGUACGCGCCCGACAACAAGGUGCCCGUGCAGCCGGACGUGUACGACCAGGGCAUGGAGUCCAUAGACGAGAAGACGCCGAUUGAUCUCAUUUACGAAGACGAGAAACAGACUGUAAUAUAUACGACGACGCCGGACCAGAAGCGCGUGGAGAUGAUCAGCGGGCAGUUGGAAGACGGGCAGCUGGUGGACGGCGGCGUGUCGGUGGUGGUAGGCGCGCCCGGGCAGGGCACGGUGCUGGUGCUGGCCGACCACGUCGUCGAUGAGCUCGGACAGGUCAUCACGAUACCCAGGAGACGCAAGGAGGUGAUGGAGGUGAGCGGCGAGUCGUGGCGCGCUUACUACUCGAGCGCGGAGCACCCGCUGAGCGCGGCCUCGUCUGCGGUGCUGGGCGUGGAUGACCAGCAGCCGCAGGCCCUCGUCACCGAGUACUACAAGCUGCCACCGCUGCAAGCGCAGGAUCUACACAAGGAUGGGAAACUAACUGAUGUCUGGACGGCCGGAUCGGCGCUGAAGGCGGCCAAUGGCGCGCACGGGGCGGAGCUGGGCGAACUCUCCGGGCUACUACACGCGGGGCUCGUGAAGCGCGAGCCCGAGGACCUGAGCCGCAAGGUGGCCGACGAGCCCGAGCCGCACGCGCACGCGCUCAAGCCGCCGCGACACAAGGUGGCGGUGGGCGAGGUGAGCGAGGCGGCGUCGCCGUCGCCGGUGCCGUCGCGCGCCUCCUCGGCCGGCUCGCUGCUGCCGGACGCCGCCAUGUACGCGGCGCAGAUGUUCGCGCCGCCCGGCACCCCCAGCCCGACGCCCUAUGGCGAUCAGUACUCGCGGCAGCCCUCCGGUGCCGCCUUCGCCGCUGAGCCCUACUACAGAGAGUACUUUGUGGGUGAAGGCUACCAGCAGAGGUCCGCGCCGCCCUACGGGGACGCAGAAGCGGCGCCGGGGUCGGCUUUCGGCGAACGGUACGCGGCGCCGCGCUACCACAGCAAGAGCGUGAUCGCGGCGGCCGGGCUCACCGUGGACCUGCCCUCGCCGGACAGUGGCAUUGGCGCUGAUGCUGUCACCCCCAGGGAUCACACCGCCGUUCAGCAGUCGUUCGACUACACAGUGAUCUGCCAGCAACCCCCGGAGGACGGGCGAGGAACGCCGUCCGCGCACCACUCGCCCGCCCAGCCCCCGCGCACGCGCCCCUGGCACGACUUCGGCAGACAAAAUGACGCCGAUAAGAUACAAAUUGCCAAAUUGUUUUCGCCUUAUGGCUUCAAGUACCACCUGGAGACGGCGAGCAGCAGCUCGCAGCGGCGCGAGGACGACCGCAUCACCUACAUCAACAAGGGGCAGUUCUACGGCAUCACGCUCGAGUACGUCCACGACCCCGACAAGCCCCUCAAGAACCAGACGGUCAAGAGUGUGGUGAUGUUGAUGUUCAGGGAAGAAAAAUCACCUGAAGAUGAAAUUAAAGCAUGGCAAUUCUGGCACGGGAGACAACAUUCUGUAAAACAAAGGAUACUAGACGCCGACACGAAGAACAGCAUCGGGCUGGCGGGCUGCAUCGAGGAGGUGUCGCACAACGCCAUUGCCAUCUACUGGAAUCCGCUCGAGAGUGCUGCUAAGAUCAACAUUGCAGUACAGUGCCUCAGCACAGACUUUAGCAGCCAAAAGGGAGUCAAGGGCCUACCGUUGCACAUUCAAAUUGACACGUUUGAAGACCCACGCGACACACAAGUGUAUCACAGAGGAUACUGCCAAAUUAAAGUUUUUUGUGACAAGGGCGCGGAAAGAAAAACACGGGACGAAGAAAGAAGAGCAGCGAAAAGAAAAAUGUCUGCUACGAAUAGAAAGAAGCUGGACGAGAUUUACCACCCAGUGACGGAGCGGAGUGAAUUCUAUACGAUGGCCGACUUAGCGAAACCGCCGGUACUGUUCAGCCCAGCUGAGGACAUCGACAAGCUAACGGGGAUGGACAUCCAAGGGUUCUACGGGCACGACGAGUCGGCGCUGGCGGAGGCGCACCUGAAGGGCGCCUCGCCGUUCCUGCUGCACGCCGCCAAGCCGCAGGCGCCUGCGCUCAAGUUCCACAAUCACUUCCCGCCUGACGCGCCCGCGUACAGGUCGGAGGUGGGCAGCCUCUCGCCGUACGGCGACCGCAAGGACACGCUGGAGCUGGAGGGCGUGCUGGGCAAGCGCGCGCGCGCCGGCACGCCGCCGCUCAGCGAGCGCGUCAUGCUGUACGUGCGCCAGGACACCGACGACGUGUACACGCCGCUGCACGUCGCGCCGCCCACCACGCAGGGCCUGCUGCAUGCGAUUGAGAAUAAGUACAAAAUUUCAAGUUCGGCAAUUAAUAAUCUUUAUCGAAAGAACAAGAAAGGGAUUACGGCCAAAAUUGACGAUGAAAUGCUAGCUUACUACUGCAACGAGGACUUGUUCUUGCUGGAGGUGCGUCCGGCGGGCGCCGCCGACGACGAGCCGCUCUACGACAUCACGUUCGUGGAGCUGCCGCUCGACCACUAGCCGGCCCGCCGCCGCCGCCCGGCGCAGAGACUCUACCGCGUGCCGACCACGCUCUGGACACUGAUUCCAACAGUCUCCGUCACAGUUACACUCGUUAUGAGAAAUACUGAUUAAACGUUUUCUCAAAGUGUCGAUCUCACAUUGAAAUUUACUUUUAAGCGAUUCAUCACCGUAGCUUUCUUUUUACUAAAACUUACUGUCACAAAAAUAUCAUGGUGGUUGUCGUAGGACGGCAUCCGUUUGUGGGACCGCAUUGUAAAUAACGACCACGCUAGAAUUUAUUAUUGUUACGGUACGACGAUGACAGAGACAUUCAUAUCUCUAAUGUGAAGAAAUUAGUUCAUUCUGACUGUAUUAGUUAUAAAUGUGUAAUCUGUUGCUGAUCAAAACGUGUGUGCCAUUCACUCGGUUAUCAUACUAGCUGUAUGUAGUUAACGUUUCAACAGGUACCUUUGAAUCUUGCCAUGAUGAUAAAAGUAAGAAAUUCUUGUCACAAAACAUUAUGUAUUAGUAGAUACUAUUAUUAUCUACUCGAAGUAAAAGCAUGAAGUGCCUUUGUCAUAAUAAUUAAUAUAAGUGAGUUAAGUCAAAUUAAAUGCCAUCCACUUUGUUAAGUUUUAUAAGCGUAAGUUUGCUUUAUAAGCUCGCUCAAUUCAUUCAUUUAGUAAUGGUGACUCUAGCUAUAGGAAUCGAUAGAUUUUUCGUCAUUAUUUUCAUCGUUCACUAUCAUAUUGUAAAUUACGUCCUUAUUUAUUUUUGUAACUCCCGAAUGAGCCUAUUCCCUUUUAGAAUUUCUCGUAAAAUACUUACAACGAAAAAUUUUAAUGACAACUUUAUUAUUGUAUUUACAACUAUUUGCCAUUAUCAUUCACGCAUAAAGUGCCGCUAGUAAUUUCAAAAAGAAAAGGAUAUUUAGUCAUUGUAACAUAGUCACAAAGGACGAGUCCGUAUGAAAUACAAUUUCAUUAUCAUCUGUGGGAUUGGUUUAUUGUGUAUAAUAUAAGGUAUUAUUGAUAAUAGAUUUUGUUAUUAUAAACGAAUUUCGAUACUUAAGUUAUCGGGCCAUGACAACAAUUUAGAUUAAGGAAAAUGUAUGCUGUGUCCAAGACUUUACCAUGUACCUAAUAACGGUAAUUUACCGUGCCAUUUUAUAAUUCAUAUCCAAAGUUAUCGCUUGAAUUGAUUGAUUAUGGUUUUUUUGUAUAAUUUUCAGCGAUUUGCAUAUUUGGAUUUACGUAGACAAAUCGCAGCAAAUUAUAUAUAGAUAUCCAUACAUGUACUCAACAAUGAAUAAUGUAUAGAAUUACGCCUUACAUGCAAGCGACUGGCCAUUUUGUUACAACGUUGCCAUUUACGAUUAAGGGUCGGUUGCACCAAAUCGUCUGUCACCAUUAAAGCGUUCGCUAAAUGUUUUUGUUUGGGGAAUUUCAUACUACACUGCUGUUUGACGUUAAUCAGUCUGUUAAAUGUGGUUGGUGGAACUGGGCCUUAAUCUCAUAGCUUAACAAACAAAUGAUUAACACGUUCCCAGGCCAGUUCUAUAUUCUAUACUAUGCAGGAUUAUACAUAUAUGCAACCACGCUGAAAUGAUAUGACCCACAAGUUUAAAAAAUACUUAAUAUGUACCUAAAUAGAUGCAAUGUGUUACUUUCUUAAAUACUGUUAAGCAAAAAAGGUUACUAGACUAAUGAAACAAAUUGGUUUGGAAACUGUGAUCGUGUUAACAUUCAAGUGAUGGAUGACCCUGAAAUCAUAUUAUGUAUUAAGUUUCUCCACCGAUUAUAUUCAAAAUUUAGAACCAGGUUCUGUUUCCCAAAAGGAUCAGUCUUGGACAUGCCCAAGAGUUUUUAAGAGAAGUGCCUAGUGCGGACGGUUCGAUUAACUGCCAUAUUAUGACAUAAUUUAGAGUACUUAAUGAUGUUAGUUAUAGAUUUUUAAAUAUAAUUCGUUUUAUUGUCCCACGAAUUGCAGAUAGACAUCGAAUUUUAAUUAAGAUAAUGUUAUUGAUACUUUUCUAUUACUUGUAUCUCGUUUCUUCCAUGUUAUUGCGAUAGGGUUGUGACUCCUCUGGUCCAUCGCAUAACACUUAUAUCUGCAUUUCAUAUUAUAUUUGAAGAUAUGUACCUAUGUAAACGACACUCGUUAAUGUUUAUCCACUGCUUACGUAAAAGGGAUCGAAGUAUCUCGAUUCAAUAUAAAUUUUAUAUGGUUACGCGUAUUGCUCAAAGUCUACGCUCGAAUGGGGGGGGGGGGGGGACUAUAACGACAUUGUUAUUAUACCUACUUAUACGUAUUCACGUAAUGUUUAUUUAUGUUCUUAUUAUUUUAAUCGUGCAGCUUUAAUAUUUACUUACAUUGAUGUUAGAUCGUGAUUCUGAAUCUCGUCAUAAGUCACAAACGUCAGUAGCAAUAAAUACGUGAAGCAGUUAGUAGUUAAAUGGGCUCGCGCGGCGCGACGCCGGCCGCCGCGGCCGCCGGAGUUGUGCAAUGUCGGGUCAGUGGUCGGGUUGUCGGGUCGUCGGUCGGGUCGGAGUCGGGUCGGGCCCGAGUCGCGGCGAGCCGCGGCCGCCCGCGUCGCGAGAGAGUUUAGUCACACUAGUUAAACACACCCCGAAAGUGUUAGCACAUUUUCGUUAUAAAAUUCUACUGUACUUAAGAUUAAAUUGAAUAGAUGUUACGUUAUUCUUUUAUAUGAAUAUUUGUAAGUUGUCAUAAAAUAUUAUUAAUAUAAUUAUUUUUAUCAAAGUUUAUAAUCUAAAUAAAAAUGUUUUUCUUCAAAACA